AUGCGGUGGCUGCGGUGGCCGCGGGUGGAGGCAAUCCUGGCGGCCUGCCUGGUGGUGGUGACGGUCCUGCCCCUGACCCUGCGCGGGGCCCCGCCCGGCUGCCCGGCGGCCCCGGAGCCCGACCCCCCUUCCACCUGGCCGCCCGAGCUCCCCAGCGCCCCGGGGCCCCGCGCCGCGCCCUGCGAGGCCAACCUGUCUGCUGCGGCGCUGCCCGGGUUUGAGGUGCUGCCCGCAGGGCUGCGCGCCCUCCUGCUGCGGGGCCACUGCCGGGCCUUCCCGCUCCGCCUGGACCCGCCGCCCCGCAAGUGCGCGCCGCCCCCCUUCCUGCUGCUGGCCAUCAAGUCGGCGCCCGCACACCUGGGCCGCCGCCAGCAGGUGCGAGUCACCUGGGGCCUCGAGCGCCUGGUGGCCGGGCUGCCCCUGCGCCGCGUCUUCCUGCUUGGCUCGGACCCGGAGCCGGCCCGCGCGCCCCGCCUCGACCGGCUCCUGCAGCUGGAGGCCCGCGAGCACGGCGACAUCCUGCAGUGGGACUUCCACGACACCUUCCUCAACCUCACGCUCAAGCAGGUGCUGUUCCUGGACUGGCUGGGCGAGCACUGCCCGGGGGUCUCCUUUGUGUUCGCGCACACGGACAACAUGGUGGCCUUCCUGGGGGACCGGCACCCUGACUCCCACCUGUUCACCAGCCACCUGAUCCAGGGUGUGGGCCCCGUGCGCGCGCUGGGCAGCAAGUACUUCGUGCCCGAGGUGGUUGCCGGCCGGGGCUCGGUACCCCCGUACUGUGGCGGCGGGGGGCUGCUGGCGUCCAGGGCCACCCUGGGGGCGCUGCGCCGGGCGGCGGGGGCCCUGCGGCUGUUCCCCAUCGACGACGUGUUCCUGGGGCUCUGCCUGCAGCGCGCGGGCCUGCGCCCCUCGGCCCACCCCGGGGUACGCACGGCCGGGCUGCCCCGCGCCCUGGCACACGACCCCUGCGCGCACUGCGGGCUGCUGCUGGUGCACCGGGUGCUGCCCUGGGAGACGUGGCUGCUCUGGGACACGCUGCACCGGCCAGGCCUGCGCUGCGGGCGCAGGGAGCGAGGGGGGUGACGGCCGCCCCGGGAGCCCCCCAGGGCCACGCGGGCUCGGCCGCCCUCUGGGAGCUCCAGCUCGACCCGCAGAACCCUUCCCGCGGUGCCCGCGCUCCGUCCAGGGUGGGGAGGCUUGAAAAUUCCAGGGCCCUCUCCCCCAAGUCCCGGUCUCCCCAGUCAGCCUGCCAAGCGCAUAGUUUCGGCCUGUUUAUUAUUAUUAUUUUUUUCCCUCCA